UCCACACACGCUGCAGACGAUCCUGCCAGAGGACAGGAAGCCAAACGGUGAAGCUUUUAGUGCUUUUAGCAGCUGAGCAUUAGUCACAGCCACCUCGAUGAUUUUAGCGUUUUGUUCGCUCUUUUCAGCUCAACUCUGACUUUGAGGGAGUCGCUGUUGCGCGCAGAGGCGUCCCAAGUCAACGCGGAUACGAGGAGAGGCGAUCUGCCACGUUUGAAAAGCAUAACGGAGCAGCUUUUGUUUUGGUCAUUUUCAUUUUCCUCGUCGUUUGCAGGCAGGACUGCAGGACUUGUGAAGUAGAAAGUUAGUUUCCUGAACUUUCUUUUUUUUUUUUUUUGGUUUUGUUUUUCCGGGGGGGCAGUUUUGCAGACAGAAGAAUGCUGCCCCAGCUCUUCACCCUGUCCUGUGCUCUCUGCUGCUUUGGUUUUACCUCUGUCACUGCAAAUGUACUGAAAGCAGAGGCUUGGCUGCAGCAGUAUGGCUACCUGCCUCCAGGUGAUGUCCGAGCCCAGGCAAUCCGCUCGCCGAAGUCCAUUAAAACAGCAAUAUCAGCCAUGCAGAGGCUGUAUGGUUUGACUGUCACCGGCUCCAUAGACUCCAACACGUUAGAGGCGAUGAACCGGCCGCGGUGUGGCGUCCCAGACAAGUUCGGCCCGGAGCUGAAAACCAACCUGAGGAGGAAGAGAUACGCCGUGCAGGGUCUGAAGUGGGAAAAGUCAGAGGUGACCUUCAGCAUACAGAACUACACCCCGAAGAUCGGCGAGCGAGCCACGAAGGAAGCCAUCCGCAAAGCCUUCAAGGUGUGGGAGAGCGUGAUCCCACUCACCUUCAGAGAGAUCCCCUACAGCCACAUCAAAGACAAGGUCGACAAGUUCGCCGACAUCAUGCUGUCCUUUGCGGAGGGUUUCCACGGCGACAGCACACCGUUCGACGGCGAGGGCGGCUUCCUGGCUCAUGCUUACUUCCCUGGAAACGGCAUCGGGGGAGACACGCACUUUGACCUCGCUGAGCCCUGGACCACCGGCGCCGUCGACCAGGGGGGUAAUGAUGUUUUUCUGGUGGCUGUGCAUGAGCUGGGUCAUGCUCUAGGUCUGGAGCACUCCAACGACCCCUCCGCCAUCAUGGCCCCCUUCUAUCAGUGGUUCGAAACCGAAAACUUCCAGCUCCCAGACGACGACCGCCGGGGCAUCCAGGCAAUCUACGGAACCAAGUCUGGGGCUCCCCCUCCUCCCCCACCCCCCCCUCGACCCACGAAGCCGUCCUACCCAGACCACGGCCCAGACAUCUGUGAGGGGCACUUCGACACCAUCGCCAUCCUCCGAGGGGAAAAGUUUGUAUUUAAGGACAAGUGGUUUUGGCGAGUGCGCAACAACAAAGUGUUGACAGGUUACCCGAUGGCCAUCAGUCACUUCUGGAAGGGCCUGCCUUCAAACAUCAACGCCGCCUACGAGAGGGACGAUGGGAAGUUUGUCUUCUUCAAGGGUGACAGGUACUGGGUUUUCAGUGAGUCCAGCAUGGACAAGGGUUCCCCCAAGAGCCUGACAGACCUGGGCACCGGUCUACCCAGAGAUAAGAUUGAUGCUGCGCUCUUCUACACGCCAACGGGACAGACGUACUUCUUCAGAGGCACCAAAUACUACCGUUUCAACGAGCAGACUCGCACCGUGGACAGCGGUUAUCCAAAGCCCAUCAGCAUGUGGAGCGGAGCACCCGAUAACAUCAAAGCAGCCAUCAUGAGCGAAGAUGGAUCUUACACUCACUUCUACAAAGCCAACAAGUACUGGAAGUUCAACAACCAGUACAUGAAGGUGGAGUCCGGCUACCCCAAGUCUGUGCUCAGUGACUGGAUGGGCUGCGAAAGCGACGAGCCCAAGAAGGGCCGGGAAGAGGAGGUGAUCAUCAUCGAGGUGGACGAGUCACAGAGCGGCGCCGGGCCGGCGGCCGUGGUGAUCCCUCUCCUCCUAUUGGUCCUGGUUGUGGUCACUCUGGGAGCGCUUUUGUUCUUCAGGAAGUACGGCACGCCUCGACGCCUCCUCUACUGCCAGAGAUCCCUCCUGGACAAGGUGUAGACAGAGCGACGGAGGGGGUUGACAGACUGCCACAGAGGGACAGAAAGAGAGAGAGAGAGAGAGAGAGAGAACGAGGGCCGAGGGGGAAGACGGAAACUGAGAGGGGGGGAAGAGGAGAGCUGGAGAAAAAGAAGAAUCGGGGGAUAGAAGGGGGACGAUGUGUUAGGUUUUGCGUGGUUUGUAUGCGCCACAUAAGAAGGAAAGAAAAGGCCCUAGAAACUGAAAUCAGGAAAAUGUGUAUUUGUAUGUUAACUAUUUACAUGUACUGUUCUGUGCCCAGAGAUUAACAACAUACCCACAAUCUCACAUAGAGAAGGGAUUUAUACAGAGACUUCAUCAGCGACCUCCCUCCCGCCUCUCCUCUCUCACAUCCCAGGUAUCAAAACAAAAGCAUCCCUCCUUCCUUCCUCUCCUUUAACUGGACGACUCCAGCUGAACUGCUGUCUGAUUCGAGUGUAACGCUUCGAUCUGUGUCCCAGUCACAAAUUCACCGUCUCUGAAACGUGCUUGCUGUCAAAAAAUCUAUCGGGUUGCCCAUGGGGGAGUUUUACUCUGAGCUUCAUUUCAGCGGGACAAAGUUUUGAUAUUCGGCCAUGCAGUAUUUCCUGUUCUCUACCACUAAGUAGGGCUGGGUAUCGAACCGCGUGCUUCUUUCGCGCUGCCAUAUUAAAGACGAGUUGGCAUCAUGUCUGGUCAGUUCAUAACCCUGUUCUCUUAUUCUUUGAUCAAAUAAUUCCAGGUUUAGAGCAGAAUUUAGCCAAUUUUAGACUAUUUCAUCAAGGCAAACCUCUUGUACUGUUGCCGUGUUUUGCCAGCAGUUCAUAUUCAUAACUUUUCAUGUUUAAAAUCCGCGCCAGGUGUAAAAUACUUUCAGUCGAUGCCUGGCCUUACGACUACCAGGAUUCUCCACAAUAUGAGUAUAAUAGCACGUCCCUUAUGCACAGCGUUAGUAUCGAUUGCUGCAGACUUUUGAACAUGCACACACAGGAUUUAUAAGUACUUGUUUAACCGGGAUUAUGCCCACCAAAGUGAGGCCUAACACGAGGCUGCUGGGGUUGUGUCGUCCCUUGUGGCGCAGAAGCUUGAAUCCUUUCGUUGUUGACGCUUGUGCUCGGCGGCUGCCGUGUGUGACGGCAGCUCGAUUCGCAGGCAAAGCUCUUCUUUCAGUGCAAGCAGUCAGACGGGAAAAACACUUCCUCAAAGAAAAAAAAAAAAAAAAAAACGUGACGUUUUAUCUCACGAAACACAGUUUUCAAACAUUCCAGCACAUCUGUUGUCAAGCUGCUUGUGCAAACGUGUCAGUAAGCGGUACAGUUUCCAACAAUAUGGUGCAAUUUUUGAAUUAUUAUCGUUGUUAUGGGAAAUUUGUUGUUAUUAUAAGUAUGGUUAUUGUUAUUAUUGUUCUCCUGGUGAAGUUAUAAUGACUUCUUCUUUUUUUUUGUACAUUGUCAUUUGGAGUCCUGCUGGACAGAGGCAUAACAUGACAAUGAUGGAAGUGAAUCCCAGUUUACGCUCAUGUGAUGAAUUAGAUCAGAUCAGGGGGGUAAAUGUGAGUUCAGGGAGUUUCUUUUUACUCUGAAACGCCCGAAAUUACCCAGAUGUCGGCACAGAAUAACAAGCAAUGCUAUUUAUGAACUUUGAUGGUGCUCAAUGAUUUCUUUUUUCUUUUUUACACAAAUCAAAUUUGAAGGUGAAUUCAUUUAGAUAAUAACAAUGAUAAUGGUAAUGAUAUUUAUAAUGAUGAUCAUAUCGAAAAAAUGGAAUGAGAUUUUUUCCUGCCUGUUUUCACUUUUGUAUUUCAUUAGAUAAAGUGAAAUUAAACUAUUUUCUACAAACAGUCAUACUUUUUUCCCCAUUCU